CAGGCGGCCAGGAUAAAACCGAAAGCCCAGCUCCACGCAGAAGUAACCUGGGGAGGGAACCUAGUCUCUCUGCCUCCUGAUUGGCUACCUUGGCCACGAGCGCCUAUGAUUGGUCCUUGCCGCAAGGGCAGCUGGGACUCGCACGUGCUGCUGCUCCCCACCGAGAGAGGAGCGAUGGCGGCCGAGGCCUCGACAACCGGGCUCAGCGCGUCUUCCUGCCACAAAGUGGGGAGUAAGAGUGCGCAGGGUGUUUCGGGGUGCCAGUGCACUCGGUGUGGAAGAAAAGUGUUGGUGGCCUCCGGUCACCACCAUGAGUUUCAGUGUGGACAUGCCUUUUGUGAACGGUGCCUGUUAGUAACUCAAGAAUAUACCACAAGUAAAUGCCCUGAUUGUGAGGUUCAUACAGCUGUCAGUAUGAAUCAAGGUCAUGGAUUUAUUAAAGAAGAUUCUUCUCUGGAAGCAUUGCAACCUAAAAUGGUAAAGAACUGUUCUUCAGACCUUAAAAAGACGAUGGACCAGCUAAUUGUUGAUUUGGAACAUUCAUCCUCCAUAAACAGGACUGUUUCAAGCAUGUCAGCUGUAAUGUCGGAGACAGAAGAGAUCGAUGAGGCACUGAAGAUAGCAGGCUGUAAUUUUGAACAAUUAAGUAAUGCUGUCAAAAUGCUUGAUGGCACACAAAAUCAAACAAGAGAGGAAACACACAGUCUAACAGAGGUUGUGGAGAAAGAAUUUGAUAAACUUCUUGCUUCUCUUAACUCUAGGAAAAAGAGCUUGUGUCAAGAACUUGAAAGGCGUACAGAUGAUUAUUUAUCAAAAUUAGCAACAGUUAAAAGCUACAUUGAAGAGAAAAAAAAUGAUUUGGAUGCAGCUAUGAAGAUAGCAAAAGAACUCAAAUCAGCACCUUCACUGAGGACCUACUGUGACCUGACUCAGAUUAUCCGGACAUUGAAGUUAACAUUUGAAAGUGAAUUGUCACAAGUUAAUUCUAUAAUUCCAAGGAAUCCCCCAAGGUUGAAUAUAAAUUGCAGCGAGAUUAUCUGCAUGUUCAACAGUAUGGGAAAGAUUGAAUUUGAGGACUCAACAGAAUGUUACCCGCAAGAAAAUGAAGUUGGACAGAAUGUUCAAAAGCAGUCUAAUAAUAAAGAGGAACUUGGUUGUGGUACAUUCUCAUCACUAGAAAAGGAAAGGGUAGGCGCAGCUGUCCUGGCUGGUGAAGCACCUGUACCUCCUUUGCAAGCAGAGACCCCUGACAAGCAUCUAGAAGGAAAAAGCAAGCAGCCACAGAAAGAGGUGGCUGUAGUGAUGUCUCCCAAGACUGUUGCUGUGCUGCCUCAACUGGGAUCUAGUCCUGAUGUGAUAAUUGAAGAAAUUAUUGAGGAAAACCUAGAAUCAUGCUUCAAAGAUGAUCCUAUGGAGAGUCCUGGAUACCAAAAAAUGCCUGCUCAGAAAGAGCCAUCUGCUCCUGUUGGACCAAAAACAGUUGGUGACACACACAUGCGACCAGAGCAUAUUGGUGAACAACGUAUUACACUAAGUGAAUUCUGUCUGCUUCUGAGGAAGUCUGAACCACAUAGCGAAGAGCUGCUGAAAGACAUCCUCCCUUUAGCACACCUGUGCUCCUUGAAGGACAUCGUGCCAUACAACCCUAGUGAAGGCUGGGAAAAGGAAGCAAAAGUAGAAUUUUUGAAAAUGGUAAAUAACAAGGCUGUUUUCAUGAAAGUUUUUGGAGAGGAAGAUGAUGUGCUUAUUGUAGAUCUGCAGAAACCACCAACAAAUAAAAUCAGCAGCGACAUGCCUGUGUCUCUCAGAGAUGCAUUGGUUUUUAUGGAACUAGCAAGGUUUAGGUCACAAUCACCAAGAAGUCACAGUGAAAAAAAUACAACUUUAUGCUACCAUCCACCCAUUUUGCCUGAAGAGACGACAGAAGUUUCAGUCAUGGUUUGCCAUAUAAAUAGCCCUACUGAUUUUUACCUUCAGUUGAUGGAGAACCUGGACUUUUUAUCUCUUUUAAAGACAAUUGAGGAAUUCUAUAAAGGAGAAGAUGGAGAAAAUCUAGAAAUCCUUUGUCCUGUUCAAGAUCAAGCAUGUGUAGCAAAAUUUGAAGAUGGAAUUUGGUACCGUGCAAAAGUCAUCGGAUUGCCUGGACAUCGGGAAGUAGAAGUCAAAUAUGUGGACUUUGGUAAUACUGCAAAAAUAACACUUAAAGAUAUGCGGAAAAUAAAGGAUGAGUUUCUGGACCCCCCAGAGAAGGCAAUUAAAUGUAAGCUGGCAUAUAUUGAACCAAGUAAAAGAACACAGUGGUCCAAAAAGGCUAAAGAAAAAUUUGAAGAAAAGACUCAAGACAAAUUUGUGACAUGUUCUGUUAUUAAGAUUCUGGAAAAUAAUGUGCUCUUGGUUGAGCUUUUUGAUUCUCGGGUUCCUGGAGCAACUGCUGUUAGUAUUAAUGACCAGCUUGUCAAAGAAGGCCUAGCGACUUAUGAAGCAGGAUAUACCCUCAAAGAUAAUUCUAAAAAGCAUCUUGAAGUAUGGGAUCCUUCUCCUGAAGAAAUCAUUUCAAGUGAAAUAAACAGCUUAAGUCCUCUCUCUGUAAAAUCUCUACCUAAUGAGAAUUUCCAGGCCUUAUAUAACAAGGAGCUGCCUGUGAAUAUAUGUAAUGUAAUAUCUCCUGAGAAGAUUUAUGUUCAGUGGUUAUUAACAGAAAACUCACUUAAUAGUUUGGAAGAGAAGAUGACAGCCGCCUAUGAGAACUCAGAAUGGAAACCUGUUAAGUGGGAACGGGACAUGCACUGUGCUGUUAAGGUCCCAGCCAAAAGUCAGUGGAGAAGAGGCCAGAUUAUCAGAAUGGUCACGGACACAUUGGUGGAGGUCUUGCUGUAUGAUGUGGGUGUUGAACUAGUAGUGAGUAUUCACUGUCUAAGAGAACUUCAAGACAGCCUAAAGACCAUGGGAAGAUUGUCUCUAGAAUGCUCACUUGUUGAUAUAAGACCAACUGGUGGAAGUGACAGGUGGACAGCAACAGCCUGUGACUGUCUCUCACUGUACCUUACUGGAGCUAUAGCAACCAUAAUCUUGCAGGAAAACAGCACAACAUGGCCAUUACCUGUGAAAAUUUUCUGCCGAGAUGAAAAAGGAGAACGUGUUGAUGUUUCUAAAUAUUUGAUUAAAAAAGGUUUGGCUUUGAAAGAAAGAAGAACUAGUAAAUCAAAUAAGAGCCAUUCAUCUGAGACAUCUUUGGAAAUCCCUCCGGAACAAGGAGAGUCAAUAGUUACUAAGUGCUUUAAAACUAACUUUGAUACUAACAAGAAAAUUGCUGAUAAAAUCAAUGAACACAAAGUACCUGAUUCAAAGGAGAAAAAAUCAGAAACCAGAACAACCGGAUGCUAUAAACCACCAGCUAUUCCUAACACAAAUGCAUUUGAGGCAGUAGUGAGCUGCAUUGGUGAUGAUGGAACUAUAUUUGUAGUGCCUAAAUUAUCAGAGUUUGAACUCAUCAAAAUGAUGGAUGAAAUUCAAAGUAAUUUAAAGUGCCUUGGUCUUUUGGAGCCAUAUUUCUGGAAAAAGGGAGAACCUUGUGCAGUGAGAGGAUCUGAUACUUUGUGGUAUCGUGGCAAAGUCAUGGAGGUUGUAGGAGGCACCAUCCGGGUACAAUAUUUAGAUCAUGGGUUCACUGAGAAGAUUCCACAGUGCCAUCUUUAUCCUAUUUUGCUGUAUCCUGACACACCCCAGUUUUGUAUUCCCUGUCAGCUCUAUCAGACCUUACCGGUUGGAAAUGUGUGGCAGCCGGAUGCCAUAGAGCUGCUUCAGGAGCUGCUUCCAAAGAGAGAGGUGGACAUUCACAUUAUGGAAUUGCCUGAAAAUCCAUGGGGAAAGUUGUCUGUUCAUCUCUAUUUUGAUGGGAUGUCACUUUCUCAUUUUAUGGCUCAUCAUAAAUAUUGUAUUUUUGAACAUUCUGAGGAGAUAUUUAAAGAAAAACCAAGAGGUCAGGAUAAAAAAUAUGAAGAUGAACACUGGAAAAUAAGAUUUGAGGAAUUGCUUUCACCUGAAAUGGAGGCUCCCAUUUUACCACCGUAUCUGUCUUCACUUCUCCCUCCACCAGAGGAGCUGUAUGCUGUGCGAGUAAAGCACAUCGUCUCACCUAACGAAGUGUACAUUUGCCUUGAUUCUGCAGAAAGCUGUUCUCACCAUCCUGGUGACACAGACGACAGUGGAAUCAGUUGGGAAUCUGAGUCCGAGAACCUGGAGGAAGCACUGCAGAGAUAUAACAAGAAUGUGGAGAACUUCCCUCCCCUGACAGACUUUAGCUCAGAAAUGCCUUGCCUUGCAGAAUAUGCUGAUGGCUCGUGGUACAGAGCAAAGAUCAUUUCCAUUAAAGAAUUCAAUCCUUUAUCUGUCCUGGUACUAUUUGUUGAUUAUGGGUCCACAGAGAAGCUGACAGUAAACAGACUUCGUCAGAUUCCUGUUCAGCUUAUGCAAUAUCCAGCCCAGGCCAUAAAAGUUCUCUUGGCAGGAUUUAAACCUCCCUUAAGUGACUCGGGAAAGGCAAGAAUACCAUACUGCCCCAAGUGGAGCAUGGAAGCAUUGUGGACUAUGAUAGACUGUCUCCAAGGAAAACAACUUUACGCUUCCUCUGUGGCUCAGGCACCAGAACAAAUAGUGACAUUAUAUGAAGAUGAAGAUGAACAAUACCCAGUUCAUAUGUCCUUGGUAGAAUUGGGGCUUGCAGAUAAAGAUGAAUGAUGUGUACAAGAGCGCCUGUAGCUGCCCAGAAAGUUUUUUGUUAGAUUUAUACCAUUUCAGGUUUGACUUUUAACUUGUUCUGCAGUGGUAUCAUUUUUCCUCCUUCAGUCAUAUUUGUUAUAUUGUUAAAGAAUGGUGUGGGGGAAAAGUUAUUUUCUUUGAAACUUUUGUUUUUCCUGUAAUUUCAAAAUAAA